CAAGAUAAACAUACGUGCCCUCUCUCACUUCGCAUAAUUGCAUUACAUGCAUAUUUAACAAAUUAAUUUAAUGUAAUACACGAACACUGGAAUGUGAAGUUGUGGUGCUUUUUAUUUAAGUGCAGUUUUGUAACAAAAACAUUAAGCAAAGACUAUGUUCCCUAUCAUUGCAACAAAAACAGUGAAACCAACACACUCGGGGGAGCACGUACAAUACAAGCUGGUAAAGAGUGAAGAGAACACGUACAAAGACCACAAAAAAAUAUACGGCAAAGAUCCUUACGAUGAAGUAUUAUUCGACGAUUCAAGUUUCCUAGCGCCUAUUCGUAAAUGGGAGAAAAGAAUGGGAUUCGUCACACCAAUUCUAUGGAAAAACACAAUUUUUAUCAUGACUUUCCACAUAGUGACUGUAUUGUGGACGCUUUAUGUGUUUCGCUUUGGGUUCAGAACACUGAGAUGGCAGACAUUACUAUUUGGAAUAUUGACUGGACAACUAGCAGGAUUCGGUGUUACCGCUGGGGCCCAUCGAUAUUGGUGCCAUCGUUCCUACAAAGCCAAGUUACCUUUACAAUUAAUACUAGCCUUCUGUUACUCGAUGGCAGGACAGAAUAGAAUAUAUGAAUGGGUGCGCGACCACAGAGUGCACCAUAAAUAUUCUGAAACAUCGGCAGACCCGCACAAUGCUAAUCGCGGGUUUUUCUUUUCUCAUGUCGGCUGGCUCAUGAUGAAGAAACACCCAGAUGUUCUAAGAAAAGGUGUUAAAAUCGACAUGAGUGAUAUCACUAAUGAUCCCGUUGUUAAGAUCCAUACCAAAUAUUUCAUUUUGUUAAAAGUUAUAUUGUGUUGGGUAUUGCCGUCAUUAAUCCCCAUUUACAUGUGGGAUGAACAGUGGGACGUAGCGGUCGUGUCACAGGCCUUCUUACGCUACAUGCUGAGCCUCAACUUCACGUGGUCUGUCAACAGCUUCGCACAUCUGUGGGGCAACAAACCUUACGAUCGUUAUAUAAUGCCCUCGGAAAAUAAAGGUGUAUCCAUAGUGGCGAUGGGUGAAGGAUGGCACAACUACCAUCACACGUUCCCGUGGGACUACAAGGCGGCCGAGUUGGGAAUGUCCCACAAUUCCACCACCUUCAUGUUAGAUCUAUUUGCACAAAUAGGAUGGGCGUACGACAUGAAAGAAGCUUCACCUGCUCUGGUCAGAGCAGUCGCAAAAAAUAGAGGCGAACCGUGUAAAUAGCAGUUCCAAUAUUCAGUUUAGUAAUUUAAAUGGUAAAAAUAAAAAAGUCAAAAUUAUAGUAUGAAAAAAUACAAUGAUUAGAUACUAA